UUGGGUCCUGUAAUGAAACCCGUGCGGGGCUGUGCCGGAGACCCCGCGCUACCUGCACCUCUAUCGUCUCGGUUGACAUGGAUGAUGAAGAUGGCAGGUGCUUGCUAGAUGUAAUUUGUGACCCGCAGGCUCUCAAUGACUUCCUUCAUGGAUCAGAAACACACCUGGACACCGAUGACCUGUUGGAUGGCUCGGCUGACCCCUCCAGCUCCUUCUUCUCCAGUGCUGGGGGCCACGUUCCCGAGGUCCAGACGGCCAGCCAGCUGUCGGCGAGCGUGCCGGCGGCGGUGCCGGGCGGGAGCGUGGACCUGGACUUCCUGGAGGACGCGGACAUCCUGGGCGGGUCCCCGGGAGGGGGCGGGGCCGGGGGCGGGGCCGGGGAGCCGUGCGACAUCCUGCAGCAGAGCCUGGCCGAGGCCAACAUCACGGAGCAGAGCCUGCAGGAGGCCGAGGCCGAGCUGGACCUGGCCGCCUUCGCCGGCGCCUUCCCGGGCCUGACCGAGCCCUCCGGGGCCCCCGCCCUGGGGGUGGGCGUGGGGGUCGGGGUGGGCGCCCCGGCCCAGCUCUUCCCCGCAGGGCCGGCGGCCACGCCCCCCGGGGCGUCGCAGGACACGAUGGGCCCGUCGCUGGCUCACCCGGGCCUGCACCUGCAGCAGCAGGUGGUGAACAAGGCCAUCAGCGUGCAGCCCUUCAUGCAGCAGGUGGGCCUGGGCAACGUCACCCUCCAGUCCAUCCCCGGCCUCCAGGCCCUGCCCAACGGGGCCCAGCCCGCCCACCUGGGCAUCGGCCACAUCCAGGUGGUGAGCCAGCCCACCGUCAUGACCAUCAACCAAUCCGGGCAGCCCAUCCUGGCCAAGGCCCUGGGCGGCGGCGGCUACCAGCUGCACCAGCCCGGCCCCGAGGCGGGGGCCGCGGGGGCCCAGGCCCGGCUGGGGGCCUCGGUCCUCAGCUCCCCCGGCGGAGGGGGGCUCCUGAUCCAGGGGGGCAAGGCGAUGAACGGAGCGGCGGUGGUGGCGGUGAGCAGCGGGAGCACCACCAGCGGGAGCAGCAGCACUUUGACCAGCUCGGCCGGCCUGCUCGGGUUCGGCGGCCUGCCCCUGGGCCCCGGCUCUGCCCCCCAGCAGCCGAAGACCCUCGCCCAGGCCCCGCUCAUGCAGAACGUGAUCAUCCAGCGCACCCCGACUCCCAUCCAGCCCAAACCCCCUCAGGGCGGCGUCAUCCAUCCAGGCCCCCCCCCGGCCGCCGCCGCCACCGCCCCCUCCCUGCAGAGCGACGGCGGGAAGGUCCUGGCGGGCCAGCAGGCCCAGGUCCCGGUGUCCAGCGCCCAGAACGUGGCCUUCCUGACGGGGAAGCCCGGCGGGAACGUGGUCCUGAGCACGCAGGCGGGCCCCCAGGGGUCCCCGUUCCCCCAGGCCCUGUUCAAGCAGCAGAGCGUUCACCUGCUGAACCAGCCCGGAGGCAUCGUCCUGCAGGGGCAGAACCCCCAGUUCCUGCUGCCCCAGCUCCAGGCGGGGGGCCAGAUCCUGACCCAGCACCCGGGGGGCCACAUCAUCACCAGCCAGGGCCCCGGGGGCCAGCUCAUCGCCAACCAGAUCCUGGCCGCUGGCCAGAACCUCAACCUGGGCCAGGUCCUGGCCCAGCAGGGGCCGCCGGGCACCGCCCACAUCCUGUCGGGACACAUCCAGCUGCAGCCGGGGCAGAUCGGGCACCCCGCCCUGUUCCAGAUGCCCGUCUCGCUGGCGCAGACGCAGACGCACCCGGGCGCGGGCCCCGCCCAGACGGUCAUCCAGGGGAUGCCCGUGCAGAACUCGCUGGCCAUGCUGAGCCAGGUGGAGGGCCUGGGCCCCGCCGUUAGCCUGCAGCCCCCCCUGCAGGCCGGAGGGAGCGUGGCGCCGGCUGCGUCGGGGCAGUGCCAGCCGGGCGAGGACCAGGCGGCCCACCCGGCCCCGCCUCCGGCCCUGGCCCCGCCCCCCUCCAUCCUGACCGUGCAGACCGCCGCCUCCGUCUCCGUCCCCACCUCCUCCCUGUCGUCCUCCUCGCCGUCCUCCUCCUCCUGCUCCUCCUCCUCGUCUUCCGCCGGCGCCCCCGUGGCCUCGCACAGCCCUGGCAAGCUGCUCCUCCCCCAGGGCUCCGGAAUGAUCCUCAGCCACGAGUCCCUCCAGAUGUUCCUGCAGCAGGAGCAGCAGCAACGAGCAGAGAGCGCCUCGCCCCCUUCUGGGUGCGCCCCCGCCUCUGUCAUCGUCAGCGGCAGCGCUGUCCCCGCCCCCUCGCCCGGGGCGUGGCCUGGCCAGAGCUCCGCCCACCCUGUUGACCCCGCCGGCGAGGCGGCAGCAGUGGUUUACCAGAUCCCAGGGCAUCAGCAGCAGCCGAAAGUUCUGGGGACGUCGCCGUCGCACCCCCUGGUCACGCACACGGCCCCCCCUGCUCUCCUGCAGACGGACAGCCCCCAGCCCCUGCAGCCCUCGCCGCUGAUUUUGGGCCAACAGAUCCAGUCGCCCCACCACCAGCGCCCCCCCUCGGAGCCCCCGCCCCAGAUCCAGGCCCAGCCCCUCUCCCGGCCCCCGUCCCGCUCCUGCACCCCGUCCUCCGCCCUGCCCUCCCUCUUCAUCAUCCACAACCAAAUCGGGGGCUCCCCCCAGCACGCGCCCCAGGCCCCGCAGGUCCUCCAGCAGCCCCCCCAGGCCCAGGCCCAAAGUCGGCCCCCGUCCCAGCCCGCCCCCUUCCAGCCGGACGCGCCCCCCUCCUCCUCCUCGCCCAAGCCCCCCCAGGCCCCGGCCGCGCAGUUCCUCCAGUUCGCGGCCCCCCCGGCGAGCGCCUCGGGGCCCAAGCAGCAGGUGCCCCUGCUGAGCCUGACCCCGGAGCAGCAGCACAUGCUCCAGCUGGUGAGCGCCCAGCUCCAGACCCUGUCGGCCAUCGCGCAGCCCUCCCCCCAGCAGAAGCAGCUCCUGGACAGGCUGCAUCAGGUCCAGCACAGUAUUAUCCUGCAGGCCAAGCAGCAGGCGCAGGUCCAGCUGCAGACGCAGCUGCAGGCGCAGACGCAACUGCAGGCGCAGACGCAGCUGCAGACGCAGACGCUGUCCAUCCCCUCCAGCCAGUUCAGCCCUCAGCAGGACCCGCCCGCCGCCCAGGCUGCGACAUCAUCAGUCAGCGCCAGCACCUCACUGCUGCACCAGACGUCAGUGCUGGUGAAGACUCCGGCUACAGUGUCCAGUGAAGUUAAGGUGUUCCCGGGAGCCCCUGGCGGGGGGGCGGUGGUCUCCGUCGGCGCCGGGGGGGCCCCAGUCAGCCUUACUCAGUCCACACAGGCGAAGCAGGGAGUGAUCAGCUCGGCCGGAGCCCUGCCGGUGGCCAAAGGGGGCUUGCAGGCGGUCGCCACGGGAACCUCCCAGACGAGCGCCCCGCAGCCUCCCGCCCCGACGCAGACACAGACCACGACUCUGAAGAUGCCUUUUUCCAUGAAGCCCAGCAAGGAGGCCAGGAUGCUGGAGCAGUUGAGGAAGCAGCAGGGCUCGGUGCUCCGCCCUGACUACGGCUCACCUUUCUGUUCCUACGGCGACGCCCUGCAGAGGCUCGUCCCCUACCACCUGUACCAGGGCACCCCGUGCUCCCUGCAGGACUACUGCCGAGUGGAUACGGAGUUUGAGAGCGUGUCCAGCCAGCUGCUGAAGAGAACUCAGGCCAUGCUGGAUAAAUACCGGCUGCUGCUGUUCGAGGAGUCCAAGCAGAGGCUGGGCCCCUCGGCCGAGAUGGUGAUGAUUGACAGGAUGUUCAUCCAGGAGGAGAAGGUGGCGCUCAGUCAGGAGCGGGUGCUGGCCAAUGAGAGGCCAGACGAGUACGCGGCCCUCCAGAACGCGUCCGGCUCCGCCCAGCUCCCCUCGUCCGCGGAGUCCAGCGACGUGAAGCCGGCGGUCACAGCGAGCCUCACCGCCACGCCCGCCCCCGCUGCCCCUGGCCCCGCCCCCAUUCCCGCCCCCGCACCCAGCCCCGCCCACUACCCACCCACUAAAUUUGUGAUAAAGCAGGGAGGGGGCGGGGCUUCUGUGUCCUGGUCCACGAGCUCCGCCCCCACCCCGGCAGCGAGGCAGGGGUCAGCGGGCCAGGCCCCUGCCCUGAGCUCCGCUCCCCCCCCCGCCUCCUCCUCCUCCUCCCGACGCGGGGGCGGGGGUGGGGGCGGGGACGAGGACGAGGACGCCCUCCCCCAGCGCAGCAGCCGGCCCCCCAUGAAGACGUACGAGGCGCGGGGGCGGAUCGGCCUCAAGCUGAAGAUCAAGCAGGAGGCGGGGCUAAGCAAGGUGGUGCACAACACAGCACUGGACCCGGUCCACUCUCAACCGCAACCGCAACCGCGACCACAGAAGCGCUCGCCGCCGGCAGAGCCGCCGCCGCAGCCGCCGCGGUCGACCGCAACAACGGCGGCCGUUAUCAGGACUCCGCCCCGCCCCGCCGCCUCCGACUCUUCGUCGGCCGUCGUCGCGGCAACCGCACCCGCAGGCCCCGCCCAGGGCAUGGCGGCUCCCCCAACGUCGUCGUCGUCGUCUUCUCUUCCUUCGUCGUCCUCCUCCUCGUCGACGUCGGCGCCGUCUUCGACGCAGAUGAACGGGACCCUGGAUCACCACGAGGUGGGCGGGGCCAAACAGAACCCCGCCCACUCCACCCCGCCCCCCAUCACCUGCCGGCUCCCGCUGCGCAAGACCUACCGGGCCAACGUCAGCCCCCCCGUGCGGCCGGGGGUGGUCGGGGGCGGGGGCCCGGCCCACCCCGCCCCCCGACCCCCCGCCCCCCUCCGCCUGUCCCCCGCCCCCUCCCCUCCAGGCCGGACCGUGAUCGCCAGCGUCAAGGUGGAGGACCGGGGGGGCAUGCCCCACCCUCAGGCCCUCACGAACGCGAACGCCGGGGGGGGCGGCGGCGGUGGCGGCGGGGGGGGGCCGAACGCCUCCUCCAACGCCCAGCGCUCCCCCCCGGGUUUCAUACAGGAGGUGGAGGAGGCCUUUUACCGCGGCAUGAUCAAAAACCGCCACCGCCCCCGCGAGCAGGAGGAGGAGGAGGAGGCGGAGCAACGAGAGGAGGGGGCGGGGCCUAAGCGGGCCCAGGCCGGGAGGGGCGGCAAGAACAAGGAGCGGUCGUCCCUGGCGCCCCCUUCCCCCGGCGGCUCCCCCUGCUCCUGGGACUCGCUGCUUCCCGCCAAGCGGCGCAAGUCGGACUCGCCGGACGUGGACAACGCCAGCUUCUCCAGCGGCAGCCCGCCCCCCGACGACUCGCUCAACGAGCACCUGCAGAGCGCCAUAGACAGCAUACUCAACCUGCAGCAGGGGCCGCCCCCUCCCGGCGCCGGGCCCCCCGCCCCGGGCAGGGGCCAGCGGCAGGCGGCGGGCCCCUACAGGCCGGCCGCGCCCUCGGGGGGGGCCGGGGGGGGCCGCCGCCGCCGUCGCCGCCGCCGGGGACUUCGCCGCCCGGGGCCGCAACGGGAAGCUGGUGCCGCAGACGCACGACAGAUAGCGGCCCCGCCCCCUCCACCGGUCCGGCGGCAGGGACUGGAACGAUUUCCGGAGGUUUCUGAGGGGGAGGGGGAUGGGGGGGCGGGGAGGACUCUCUGUGCAUAUCUCUGUGCUGUGUUCAGCUGUCUCCGUGGCGACUGUCUGUCAGGAGGGUUUCAGAGGGGCGGAAGGAGGUGCUUAGUCUUUAAACUGAGCCUCAGGUUUGGCUGGUGGGGGGGCGUCAGGGGGAGCUGUGUGGUACGGCACGGUUUACCCUAACGAGAAGGCCCAAAAAACACUGGGCAGCAGUUUCCUUGGGUCAAUCGCAGUGUGCUUAGCUGUAGUUUAACCCUGUGGCUUAAACCCCUAGACCCUCACAGAUCUGCAUUACAACUGGAACAGUAAUCCAACGCUGUGGAGUAAGGAUUAGCUGUUCCAGUUGACAUACAGUUUUGUGGUAUGUAGGAUUAAGCCUGAGGUUUAAACUCCAGCUUAAUGCACUGCGUUGGCCCCUAGUGUCUUCAUAACCUCCGUGGCGCACGGGCACCUGGCCAGGCUGAGCGGUAUGACUCAGAGGGGAAAUGGCGGGGAUCCAGGCUCCGUCAGGGCGACGGACAGAGCCGCCGUCGGCACUGUGCUGCAGGGAAAGACUCGCUCGCUCCGCAGUCCAUUUCGGCUCCGCCCACUUCCAUCGUUUCAAGUGUCCUUAACAAGUGCCGCAUCCCGGGGUCUUUUUUUCCUCUCGCACAAAUCUCGCUGGGACCCCCCGUCCGAACCAGGGUCGCUUUACUGAACCUCACAAUGGUUUGGGCAGGACGAAGUCCCGCGUAGGUGACUUAAGCACCUCCUUUUCCGGUCGGUGUUUUGGCGUUGGGAACCGGUCCGUCCGUCAGUCCAGGGGGUUUCGGGCGUGGCUGAAGACAACCAAAACAGUACCGAGGAUUUAAAAUGGCCGGCCGUGUCGCUGCCACACUGCACUCACAACCAGGAAGCAGAAUCAGGUUUUUCGUCAGGAUAUAAAUACUGCUUGCUCGUGCGUUAUCGCAGCCAAAGGUGGGGUUGCCUGCCCUGGCGUCUCUUAAACUUAAAUGGCCUUUCUCUGGGACAGGAAAACCCAGCUGGCUGGAGAUAUGGCAACUCUCGUCAAAAGCACAUCGAUUAUAACUGCCUGUCAGGCUCUGCACCCACCCCACCCCCCGGCCAGUGAUGUCAUAGAGGGGGAGUGGCUCACUCUGUUACAUUCUGCGCUCUGAUUGGUCCCACCUGUGUUGUUUCUCCUAUCAUUCCAUGUCUUUGGUGUUUGUGUGCUUUUCAUUUUGUCUGUUUCCCCGGCUCCUGGAGUUAGCCUGUGCUCACUUGCUCUCACACGGUGGCAGUAGCGGACGGCUCAUAGCGGUGGUCUUCAUUCCUGGUCCUGGAGAGUCCGCAGGGUCCGCUGGUUUCUGUUUUUUUUUUUUUUCCGCCUUCAGCAACCAGUUCAGACCCAAGAAACCGGGUGAGGUUAGUCAGCUGUGUAGAUCGACUGCUUUAACCGAUCGAUUAAGCGCCGGGUGACUACGAAAGCCAGCAUGCCUUGCGGCUCUCCAGGACCAGGAGUGAAGAUCGCUGGCGUGUAUCAUAGCGUAGGUCUGGAGCUCAGCCGGUGAACUGUUAUCAGUUUACAUUCCUGCAGACCUUUCACACACACAGCUGUGCAUACUUCAGAUUUUAUUAUUUAAAUCAAAUUCCAGGAACUGUCCAGGAAGGGAUUUGUUGGUUGCAGCUCCUGAGCGAGAGCAAACGGGAAAAGUUUGGGAAGUGUGGCCCGUGUAUGCCUGCACGUGGGGGACCCACUGCGCAGUCCGUCCAUCUGUCUGUUUCUUUCUGUCCGUCUGUCUUUUCUCUUUCUGUCCGUCUUUCAGACUUUUUCGUUCACGUUUUUUCCCCCUUAGCGUUUUGCUCUCGUCCUGGUACCCCUGUACGUACAUCACUGUUUCCCUGUAUUCCACAGCCAAUCAUAUUUCGGUGUCUCUGUUUAGCAGACGUGUCACUUCCUGUAGUUCCUUGUUUUCAACACUGGGUGGCAGCAGUCAGUCCUGACAUGGCGUAUGACAGGGUUUUGAAAUGACCCCCAACCAGUUUUUUUUGAACUGGGGAAAGGUGUGGAAUUCUGAGCCCUUUUUCUAUUGCUUCACCAUCUCUUCUCUGAAGUGAAUUUUCUGUUCAUCUUCCUCUUCUCGUAGUGUAAGUCUGGUGAACUUCCUGGGGACACAAGAGGCUUGUGUGGUGUGAAUUGUCUGUACUGGGAUUAGGUGGUCAGUGGCGCAGUUCAGGUCUGUGGUUAACCAAAACGACCCAGGUUUAACAGAGCCCAACAGACUUAUUGUGGCUUACAGCUAGCCUACAGGUAAUGACCGGUCUGUCUCAUUGUAUCUGGGAACACUGUACAUGUGUAAUGGGGUUUUUAAAAACAGUACAAAAAUACCUUUUUUUUUGUUUGUUUUUGCUUGUUUUAAAUGGUCAAACGGCUCUUAAAUUAUGUCCAGGAGUACAUAUCGGUUGUUUUUGUGGAUUGAGAACAGAACGACCCCACAGUUUGUAGAACUGGAGCCGUUCGAGGUUGGUCGUGGAACGCAGUUUUACGGUUCAUUUUGAACAGCCUGGCUACACACGUGCUGAGAUAAAUGGAGGUGGUGUAUUCACUUUAUGUAAGGCUAGCCUGUGUGCCGUACCUGAGAAUGUGAACAUGAUCCAUGCAUACCGGGCUACUCUGGAGAAAGCACUGGACACAACACAGACCAUGCGAAACGCAUGAAUUUCAGUCGUUCAAGUUUAAAAAAAAAAACAGUUUGAAAUGGUUAAACCCGGACCGUUUCUCAUCGUCUCUCUUCAAACAUACCGAAUCUGUCUCUGUCCCUCUCCCUGGCUCCCUCCGCUAAGCCUUCUGGGAAACCAAGAUCGAGCGGCAUAAACCGUGAAUGAAAAAAGAAUAAUACUAAAAAAGAAACAUUUAAAAAUGUAAGAGAAUUUGAAAUAUAGUACUACAGAUUAAUUUUGUACUGUAUUUAUUGUGUAUAAUGACAAGACUUUUUUUAAAAGAACUGUACAUUUAGUAAUACUGUAAAUUAAACCUUGCUUCUUUUUAAAAAGA